GAAAUGGAAGAAAAUGGAGAUGUCCCCAGCCAUAUCAGUUUCUUUUGCUUUCCAACAUCUGACUCAUCCUUACUUCAUUGUGACUCCUGACAAACUCCAUCAAACGCAACAUAGAUGCCGCGUUAUUCAAGGAUCAAAACCAUGUAAAAGUGUCCUUUCUAGCUUUUCAAACUGUUGAGUUUUCUAAGACUACAAAUAAAUUAUGUUUCUCAUGAAACUUUUCAUUGUAUUUUUUUCUUUUAUUACCAAUGAAAUAAAUACCUUUAAAGUCUUUCAUUAAAAGCAAUAAUCCUGCCUUAGAUGAUAUAUUUUGCACAUGAAGUGGGUAAAAAAAAAUUAUUAAAUAUUAUUAGUAUCGCAGACAGAGAGAGUGAGAAGGGUGUGAUCUAAUAAUGUCUUGAGCUGGAAGCUUCGGUUUCUCUCUCUCUCUCUUUCUCUUUCUCUUAGGGUUUUCACUUUCACCAAUUUCUCCUUCUCUUCCGAUCUACGCCCAAAGACAUUGCUAGGGUUCUGGAGUACUGGAUUAGCUCAUUAAGGAUUGAGUACUCCAUCUAUCUUCUGUCUUCAUGGAUAAAGACAAAUCUCUAGGUUUGCCACCUCCGUCUGGACGUUAUUCUGGUUACUCGUCCACCGGAAGUGUUUUCAACGUGAAAUCUGAACCGUCCCCGUCGUCGUCGACCACGUUGUAUCCGCCAUUGGCUCCGGGAACCACCAGUUCCGAGUCUAGCCAUUUUGGACAUGGAUUGUCCACGGAUUCUAGUGGUUUUAGUCAUGAUAUUAGCAGAAUGCCUGAUAAUCCCCCGAGAAAUAGAGGUCAUAGGCGUGCUCAUUCGGAGAUUCUCACUUUACCGGAUGAUAUUAGUUUCGACAGUGACCUUGGUGUUGUUGGAGGUGGUGAUGGUCCUUCCUUCUCCGAUGAUGCCGAGGAGGACUUGCUGUCCAUGUACCUUGAUAUGGAUAAGUUCAAUUCAUCGUCGGCAACGUCCACGUUUCAAAUGGUUGAGCCGUCUAAUGCUGUGGGAGCAUCGGCUUCAACACCGGCGUCAGGGGCACCCACCUCUUCUACCGAGAAUGUUGUUAUUGGGACUAAUGAAAGGCCCAGAGUUAGACACCAGCAUAGUCAAUCCAUGGACGGCUCAACCACCAUCAAGCCUGAGAUGCUGGUUUCAGGUUCAGAAGACAUGUCUGCGGCUGAUUCCAAAAAAGCAAUGUCAGCUGCCAAGCUUGCUGAACUUGCCUUGAUUGACCCCAAACGUGCAAAAAGGAUAUGGGCAAAUAGGCAGUCUGCUGCGAGGUCAAAAGAGAGAAAGAUGCGAUACAUUGCUGAGCUUGAAAGGAAGGUGCAAACAUUGCAAACGGAAGCAACAUCUUUGUCUGCACAAUUAACUCUCUUGCAGAGAGAUACAAAUGGCUUAAAUUCUGAGAACAAUGAACUGAAGCUGCGGUUGCAAACCAUGGAGCAACAAGUUCACUUGCAAGAUGCAUUAAACGAUGCAUUAAAAGAGGAAAUUCAGCAUUUGAAAAUAUUGACUGGGCAAGCUAUGCCACCUAAUGGAGGACCUAUGAUGAACUUUGCUUCUUUUGGAGGGGGGCAGCAAUUCUAUCCCAAUAAUCAUGCCAUGCACACCCUUUUAGCUGCACAACAGUUUCAACAGCUUCAAAUUCACCCUCAAAAGCAGCAGCAGCAUCAGUUUCAGCAGCUUCAGCAACAACAAAUGCUGCAGCAGCAGCGGGAACAGCACCAACAAUCAAUUGACUUGAAAAUGAGAGAAGCUACACCUACUCCAUGCCCCAAAGACAAUGCGUCAUCAGAUGUAAAUCCUUCUGGGGCCAAGGACUGUUGAGAGUUGAGACUGCUCAUUGUCUUCUCUAUUUGCUUUAUAGAUUUUCCUUUGUCUUGUGUCCUAGUGUGUUUAGCCUUUGUUAUAUUUUUUCAUUCUUAAACAGUACAAAUGGUCCUAGUUAGAGAUUGAGUGUAAUACAUUUGCAUCUUUGUUAUUAUGUAAUACUAAACUUCUUUUGAUACUCUGUAGUCAAUUGCUAUGGAUAUACAGGGGUAGGUUCAUGUGUUUAGUCUACCCACUGUCUUGGAUA